AUGAACCCGAAGCUUAUUGUUGCCUUCAUGAUUUUCAUGGUGGUUUGUGUAACAACAUGCACUGCCUUACCCAUCAACCCUUCCAAAUCUGUCCCGUUGAAGAAGCGUGAAGGAGGAUUGACACGCAGGGGCAAUUCUGAACAUAGUAAGGGAACUUAUGAUCCACACAAUCCGAGCAGCUCUAAGAAAAGGGGUACUUCUGAACAUAGUAAGGGAACUUAUGAUCCAUCCAACCCGGGAAGCUUUAAGAAAAGGGGCACUUCUGAAAGGAGCAAGGGUGCUUAUGCUCCAUCCAACCCGGGCAGCUUUGAGAAAAGGGGCACUUCUGAACAUAGUAACGGAACUUAUGAUCCAUCCAACCCGGGCAGCUUUAAGAAAAGGGGCACUUCUAAAAGGAGCAAGGGUACUUAUGAUUCAUCCAACACGGGCGGCAGAAGCUACCCGGGCAGCUUUAAGAAAAGGGGCACUUCUGAAAGGAGCAAGGGUACUUAUGAUUCAUCCAACAUGGGCGGCAGAAGCAAUGUCUAG